UCCAUUAUAUACGGGUUACGUUUGUGUAAAUCCACGCGUUUUGUUUGUGUAAGGUCAUCUGUGUGUAAUACGGUAAAAACUGUAGCUUGACGUGCGUGUUACGAUCGUACGCAUCCUUAAACGCGCUGACAAUGGGAUAAACGUGGAAGGAGACGAGAGCGUGGCGUGGGGGAUGCUAGCGAAGUUGGCUAGUUAGCAUGCUAACGGCUAACAACAAUGAGACAUAUUUGGCGCUCGAGCGGGCAAAAGUUUGAAUUUAAAGGGAAGGAUGAACUCGCUGUUGUUUUCUGCAUUUCGGCCACGUUUCUGCAAAAAAAUGAAUUUCAGCGCCUCAAUAAGCGUAUGAAGUUAAAUUACGCGCGUUUAACGUUUCUCCAUCCCACCUACCCACCAGACAGAUUAUGUUUGGCUUCCACAAAUCUAAGAUUUACCGGAGUAACGACGGCUGUUGCAUCUGCAAAACCAAGUCUUCUAGUUCACGCUUCACAGACAGCAGCCGAUAUGAGGAAACUUUCAGGCUGUGUUUUGGGCUGUCAGAGGAUCGUGUUGGAGACAUUUGCAACGCCUGUGUGUUGUUGGUGAAGAGAUGGAAGAAACUGCCAAAUGGGUCCAAGAAGAACUGGAACCACGUGGUGGAUGCCAGAGCGGGGCCAGGCUUCAAGGUGACAAAGCCCAAGAAGAUCAAGAGCAGUGAUGGAAAGAAGAAAAUCAAGAUAAAGAAGCUGCACAAGAUGAACAGACAAACAGACUCUGAUGCUCACAGCACAACCUCCAGUGUGUCUCCUUCCCAGUCACCCAGUUACAGCAACCAUUCUGAUGACUGCUCUGAUAUCGAGUCCAAGCAAAGUCGCUCAACCUCUUCUUCUAUCUUCUCUUUCCUGGACCGCUCUUACUGGAAAAGGCAGAAGGUGUGCUGUGGGAUCGUCUAUAAGGGGCGGUUUGGGGAGGUGAUCAUUGAUCCUCGACUCUUUAAGCCUUGCUGCAGCUCCAAAAAACAGCAGACGUUGGUGUCCACACAAGAGGCCACACACCUCCCAGAUGUGCUGCCCCCACAGCCCCCAGAAGAUGUGAAAGAGCCUUGGUGAUUGCUCUUUGGUUUUGUUCCCUCCACUGAGGGUUUACCAUGGCAUCCACCAGGAUUUGUCUCCAGUGGCAGACUUCUCAUAUCCAUUCCCGCUGUUAGAUCGGUUAGAUUUUUUUUUUUUCCUGUUAAAUAUUCCUUUUCUUUUUUUUAAAGAGAAAAUGAAAAGGGAAAACAAAACUUUAUACGGGCAUUAGUAUUAUUUAUAGGAUGUGGAGGCAAAAUUGAGCAUGCAGCUCCCUUUCCAAUCCUAAAUUUUCUACAUUUUAAGGAAAAAAAAAAUGUAUUAAAAACGGAUGGUUUUGUAAAUAUUUACUUUUUCGUACAUAUCAACACUGUUCUAUUUUUUUAAUUUGUGAAAAUGGAAGUGUGCAGAAUAUAAUAUGCCAGCUAUUUGUAAUGCCACGUUCUGUUUUUUUUGUUUUGUUUUUUUUAGCAGCUCUUCAGUAUGUAGCUGCAGUGUUUUGUCUAAUGACUCUAGGAUUUUUUUUUUUUUUUUAAGUGUACAAAGGGCUGUUUGUAAAAGCAGGGAUCACUAGUACAGCUGUCUUAUGAAUUUGAGUUUUUAAUGUGUGUAUGCUUGCAUAAUUACCCAUUUUCGCAGUGUACAUGUGCUCCAAGUUUGAAACACUUGUUUGAAUUAGCUCACCAGCAGUUUGUGUGCACUGACUCUGAUAGAUGCAUGCAGUACACCCCUUUGCCUUUUGGAAUACUGUACGUGCUUGAUUUAUUUUUGAAAGCCUUCCCUGAAAUAGCAAUGCAUGUGAUGAGGAAAGUCUUUUGUAAAUACACACCCAUGUUAUGUUCUGUGGUCUGUCCACCCGUUUAAAUUACAGGGAUAACUUUUUUUUAUUAUUAUGAUAAAAUGCCUUUUUUCUGAAAUGUUAAAACAUCUGCUUUGCAGAAAUCAAGUUUGUUGCUGUUCUCAAGGUCCCCCCCCAUAUUUUUUCCCACUCAAGGCAAACUAGACUGUAGUCUGCAGAUGUGCGUGCACACUGCAGAAAGGCCAAGGCUUUACUGCUGCCCCAGUGUCUUGAGCUGUACCGUGGCUGCUGAUGGCGUAGGUGGUAUGUUGACUCUUUAAGGUCACAACCGAGUAUGCAGGUUACACGUAACUUAUGUUGUACGGUUCAAAUGCUGUUAGUGAAAAUGUGUUUGGUGCUUGUCAUUGCUGUGACUGUUUAAAACCAAUGUCAAGGUUCAACCUAUGCAGACAUUUUGAAUGUGAGAAGUGACCUAAAUGCCCAGGGGCUGUCUUUCACUGUUGCUAUAGAGAAUGAUCUUAAGGUCACCAAAUCGGCUUGUUAAAAGCGUUCAGUCAUUCAGCAAUAAUUUUCCUAUUCACCAUUCAUAAUUGUACUAAAAAAAGUCAUGCUCAGAUUGCACAAUUUUUAGCCAUGGUGCAUACUGAUUUACAAAAAACCAUCUCAAAUAUGAAUUGAAAUGUAAAAUUUAGUAUAUGAACAUCUUUCGGCAGGGUAGUUGUUGAACACAUUUUUCUUGUUGAAAGAUUUUUUUUAAAUUUUUUGAGCUGGAUAAUCUUUCUUUUUUUUUUUGUCUGUAUGAAAUUGCCAUACUGUUUAUUAGAGGUACAUUUUGGGAUGUGAGGUGUGCCUUAAAGAUUGCCUGACGUUUCAUUUUUUUCAUGUAAUUUAUAUUUAUUUAUUGCAAAACAGAUCUUUGUGAUAACUGGUAGAACCUUUCAGUAAGUCUUGUUUUUAAAUUUGUGCACUUCCGUUGAACAUGCAAUGUAGAUGUUUUUUUUAUUAUUACUUUUUGUAUAUUGUACCACGACUUGUAGAUCUGUGCUUUAAUUAAAAAAACACCAAACCAACAC